CAUCCGAAGACUUAACUCUAUAACAACCACGACGUCCACCCAUCACACCACGCCUGCAAACACCACCACAGCCACCCCAAACACAACACAAGCAAAAUGCCCGGACUCUUCUGGACCAUUGGCUCUCUCUACGGCGCUUCCAGCGUCAUGCUCGGCGCCUUCGGCGCCCACGGCCUCAAGAAGCACGUCUCGGACCCCGCCAAGAUCGCCAGCUGGGGCACCGCGGCGCAUUACCAGCUCAUCCACUCCUCCCUCGUCCUCCUCACCGCCGUCGCCGUGCCGCAGAACAAGCUCGCCAUGGGCCUCUUCACAGCCGGCAUGACGCUCUUCAGCGGAAGCAUCUACCUGCUCGUGCUGGACCCGCAGCGCUUCCGGCCGCUGGGCCCGCUCACCCCGCUCGGCGGCCUCUGCUUGAUUGGCGGCUGGGCGGCCCUCGCCUUCGGCAAGAGGCCCGUCUUCCCCAAGUUCCCCAAGGCGUGAUCGAGCAAGCGCUGUUGGCUGCUAUGUUGUUGUAGAAGUAGAAGCAUCUUUUGCUUCCACCCGCUCUAGAUGUUUGAUUAUCCAGAGAAAAGUCAUUUUGUAGAUGCUCUGAUGAAC